AUGAAGUGCACUGCUCUUGCCGUCACCGCGCUAGUUGCUGUAGCCAGCGUCGCCUCAGCUACUGACUACCAGCCGGCGCUCCGAGCCCUUGCUGCAUCGGAACCAGCUACACCCAGCACUGACACGAUGGCAGCGGGUCCUACCGAGCGACAUUCGCAUCCUGUUGAGGCUGCUGCUGAUGUAGCUCGGAAAACGAGCCUACUGCCGUCAUCGGUGCGGAAGGCAAGAACGGGUCCUACCGAGCGACAUUCGCAUCCUGUUGAGGCUGCUGCUGAUGUAGCUGCGGAAAACGAGCCUACUGCCGUCAUCGGUGCGGAAGGCAAGAAGUCCAAGGAGUUAUACUUGAUGCACCUCCCUUGCGUGCGUCUGUCGUGGCGUGUCUUCGUUGGUUGA